AUUAAUUUAUGUUCAUUCCGCCAUUUCUUUUUAUUUAUUACUAUUUCUAUUUUAUUUUUCCUCGCUCAGCCUAAUCUGUCCCCCUCUCCCCCUCCAAACUCCAAUCCUGACAUUACCAAGCCGCACUGAGAGCAUCGGGGGCGUUGUGUGGACUGCGUCGGGGAAAGUGACCAUGGCUUUUACCACCUUAGAGAUAUUGGUGUGUGUGUGUGUGUGUCCAUCUAUCCUAACCUGAGCUAACUUCUCUCACCCACACACAUGUAACGUUCCUUUUUAUUAUUUCUGUGUUUCUUUGAGUCUCCCCAAUAAUUGUUUUCUUUUGUAGCUUGCGGUGAAGAGGAGGAUAAUAGCGGUAAUUAAAGGUUUAGUGAUUAUAUGAAAAAGUAUAUUUAUAAGGCGUGUAUUCGUGGGAGUGAUUUAAAAGUCUUGAAACAUUUAUUAUAAAUAGUCUUACUUAUUUCAACUGUGGUUUUCUCUAAUCAGUGGUAAUACGAAUAAUAGGAUUACAUCAUGUUGCGUCAGCCUACCAGUAACUCAUAAGGUGUCAUUCCCUAGCUUAUAAAAUAUGUUAGUAAUUUAGAAUUCAAUUAUUAACUUCAACUAAUGUCCAGCCUAUAUGCUCACCUUGCUAGCCAAUUAUUCCUGCAUUUUUAUUUAAACUCACGGUUCAGUAAAAUUAUUUGUGAAAGAAGAGAGAGAGAGAACUAGCUAAGGUUCCAAUAACUUCAGAGGCCUGUGGGUGUUGAGGGAGAGAGCACAGAAUGGCGUCUCCCUUCCCUCUGGCAACAGGUGGGUCUCGUAGCUCUGAAAUAUUUGAUUUUUCUUUUAUUUAGAAGUGAAUAUUACUGUGUUCAUGUUUAUUAUUCAUGUCUCUAGUGAAGAUAAUUAUAGUGACUGUACGUGUUGACAGAAUGGCGUCUCCCUUCCCUCUGGCAACAGAUAAAAUUGCUGGUGUUGGUCCCACGUGGAGACAGGCCACAGAGUCUUGGGAAAGUGUUAGCCAUGUAAUGUUUCUUUAGUCAAAUAUAGUCUACUGUGAAUGUGUUGUGGGCAAUAUUAUUGCCGUAGAGAAGUGAUGGAUGAAGGCUGUGACGCUAUUUAGGGAUAUAACGGUGCCCAGAAUCAAUGGUACUCUUGAGGAGUUAUAAAAGUAAUUAUUUUCUUGUGUAUUCGUAGUGUUAAGUAACGGAGUAUAAGUGUAUAUGCCAUACCAGAAUUUCAAGUGCCUUUUCUUAUUUUUUCUAGAUUAACCACUCGAUAAAGUGUCAUAGUGGGUCAGUCAACCCAAAGAAUCCCAUCAGUAUUAUUCAUUUAAUUAUUUUUGCUAUUUUUAUAUUUUUCGUUCCUCCUAAUAAAGCCACACUGUAGGUACUGUGUGAUAAUUAACCUCUCCCUACCCUCUGGCCAUGACGAUGAAGGCGAGAACCAUUACCAAUCAAAAAUGUUUUCUUUUUUUCUAUUGUGUGUGCGUGCUUCACCUCUUCUCUCUUCCUCUUCUUUUUUCUUCUUCACUGUGAAGAUCUUUGCCUCGUCUCAUUAGAGCUUUGAUCGGACCGGUGAGGAGGAGGGAGGAGGGGGGGGUGGCGUUACACACACAAAGGAAGUUUCGAUCAGUCUUUCAAGACUGUCCUCACUAGCAUGGGCUUUCAAUAAUAAAGUAUUCUGUUUGACUUUACUGAUCUCUUACUGAAUACUCAAACCCCCAACACACACACACACACACACACACACACACAUCUGUACGUGACAUUCCUGUUUGUUUAUUUCUUUGGUGAUUGUUUUUCUUCUGUUUUAAUAUUUUUUCUAUUGUUUAUUUAUGUUUUGUCCCUUGUUUCUUUGUUCGAUGGUAAUUUAGUUAUUUAUUUUUUGUAGAACGUCAGUAAAACAUAAAGGAAAAUCUACCCUCCGUCCUGUAAUAUUUGGGAAAAUGUUAGGCUUUGUAGGAUAUCUCGUCUAACCUCUUUAACAUACACACUGGUGUGUGUAUGUGUGUGUGAGUGUUAUUGCUAGUUAUCUCUCUCUCUGUCAGUAGUUGCACAGGUCUUCAAGGAUAUUUUUAAGGUUUUAAUGACAGAUUAACAACAUUUCUACAUUAAUAACAGGAGAUACACCAUUGAAAACCCUGAUAAUCAUCUUUAUAGCUUUGAAAAACAGUCGUGAGGAGAGAGAGAGAGAGAGAGAGAGAGAGUAUGAGCAUUUCAGUUGAGCCUAUUCUGCCCUGGUUUGUGUUUGCUGCGGUGACACGGUGCCGCACUGAGUGAAGAUUGCGUUCAUAAUCACUUAUUUGGGGUGGAGUGGGGAAAGGAGAGUCAGGAAGUGAGGAUAUUUAUAUUAUUUGACAUAUUAUUUGAUAACAUGUCAACUUUUGUGUGUGUGUGUGUGUGUGUGUGCGUGCGCGGGGGUGGGUGUUGGAUCAGUGACAGGUGGCGCUGCUGGGGAGUUACCACUGCGAGCGGCUGGCUGGCUGCAGUGUUUUGGUCAGCACUGGUCAGUCUUGCCCCACACGCUCUAUUAACCAGUGUUUCCGUCUUCCCGACACCUUCUUCCUGCACCAAGCACCGUCAAGCAUCACCAGAGAGGCACGAGUACGUAAGCUAUCCAACAUCAGAACAGUAUAUGAAUAUGGCAAAUGCUGUUUUGACAUCAUUUCCUGCCAUCCUGAGAAACAGUGAUCUCGAGGAGCAUGAAAUGCAGCUGCAAUGGAAAUUGCGCAUCCAGUGCAAGUUUCAGAAUUCAAGAAAGAGGCAGGAUUCCUCAGUGACUGAGGUGACGUCAAGGAAAAAGAAGAUCCCUUGUAGAGCGCCAAAAGAGACUACAUGUCCACUGAUGUAUGGAGUAAAGGCUAACCUUCCACCAAGGCUUCAUUCAGAAGAUGAUGAGUCAUUAGAGAGACAUAGACAGUGGCUUGCUCUACACUGGAUGAAGAAAGAUCCCGAGUUAGAUAAGAUAAUCAAGGAGUUCCUGAGAUUAGAACCACAAGCGGAUGAACCAGACCCAAGAGUAGCAGUUUUGAAAGGGCUGGAGAAAUAUAGGCUCCCAAUAAUUGCCAUUCUCAAAAAAAGAAAAGUAGUUCCUCUGUAUAUGGAAACCUUACUUGAACUCUAUGACCACGAUGAAAGUCAAUAUGCUUGCUUAGUUAUAUUGGGGUUACUUCACCUGCUUGGAGAAAGGAAAGAUUCCAUUUUUACUAAGGUACCAGAAGAAGAACUAAGAACAGGGCAGUCUAGUGUGUAUUUGAUGGUGCACCUGUAGCUGAACCAACAUGUAUUUCUAUGGCUGUAGUCUCAUUGGUAGCAGGGCUUUGUGUUUAAUAUUGAACACCCAAAAAAUUGUGAACAUUUCCUCCGUUUCACAACAUCCCAUCUCUUAGGUAUCAAGUAUGACAAAGGUAACACUUCAAAAAGAAGAUCUCUACUUGUAAAACUCAAUGAAGUAAAGACAGAAUUGAGCUACAAAAAUGCGUAAAUCUGCUUCCAAAUAUAUUCAACUCCACACAUAAUGCCUCUCUCUCUCUCUCUCUCUCUCUCUCUCUCUCUCUCUCUCUCUCUCUCUCUCUCUCUCUCUCUCUCUCUCUCUCUCUCUCUCUCUGUCACAUAUACACACACACACACACACACACACACACACACACACACACACACACACAUACACACACACACACACACACACACAGUAGUCAAUUACUAGUUAAAGAUUAAACAGUGAAAUAAAUACAUAACAUUGUUAAUAAGUUUUCUAAAAGGAAAAGGAAAUACUUGUACUUCCCCUUCCCCCACCCAGUAUUCAUGAAAUCUUACUGAAUUGUUAUCUUGUGUUAUAUAUAUAUAUAUAUAUAUAUAUAUAUAUAUA